UGCCCCACCAGGACUAUAGAAUUUCGUCUUUCUCAUGGGUUCAUCUCUCUGUCUAACGAGCACCCCACCAACGUUUCUACACACGGCCAGCUCCCCCUUUUAGUCUCGUCGUCAACAGACGCUCUCCCACACCCCUUAGGAUUCCAUACAACAGCCAGCUUGUUCUCAAGCCGUUUAGCGUGGUGCAGUGUAGUAUUUGCCAAGCUUGUUGGUGUAAGUGUGUCUACACUCCACAAUACACUCAAAUGUGUUUGUACAUAUUCACCACGUCCUGACUGUGUCGUUGUGCUGCCGCAAAUCCUCCCACCACUGGCGUGCAUUUUGACGACGAAUCGACGGUGGGACAGGGACAGACGCACGCCGCAGGCACCCGGGGUCCACACAGCCGUCCAUUGGCUUCAACAACCUCUCACUAGACAGUAUUACUUUCAACCGUUUAGCGCACACGCCGGGACUUAUGCUGCCCGGACAGUAAAGUUUGUCAUACGUGAGCCACUCAGUACAGGACUUUAUACCAAGUGUUUUCUACUGAAACACUUGGGAAAUAACAUACAGCAUAAACAAAUGUUUCAGACUCUACAAUUAUUGUGAAAUUUCCAGCAGGUAGCGGCCUUUUGCAUUGUCGCUCCUGCUGUCAACAAUUGUGUCUAGACAUGCUACAUUUGGCUAAAAAUUUAGACUUGGUGACACGACUUUCAGUUGCUGUGAGACUCUCCUAAACGACACUUGGAUAUUUUUAUGUGGCUUAUUUUCUAUUUUCACUUGGAAUUUUUUCAUCAUUUUUGUUAUGAUUACUAAUUCAUUACUUGGACUUUCUAUCAUUCUACUCGAUUUGUGCGUGCGCUUUUGAUACUUGUGUGUAGAAAUCAUCACUGGAACUGAGUAAAUAUUUCAAGUGCAACUCAUUCGCUGUGUUUAUAACAUUUAUUAGUGCAUUAAAAAUAUAUUCAUUCUGUAUUAUGGAUAAUAGGGACCAAAAUUGUUACUCUUUUACGGAUUAAUUCAUUUAUUUAUUAUCUAAGUUAUGUGUGUGUGUGACUGUGGGUAUUGAUAUUGGAUUAUAACUCAUCUACAUAGUUGACUCGAUUCUUCGGAUAUUCCAAUCAAUUUAUAACAGAUAGCAUAUCGAUUAGCAAGGAUUCAAGCGCGAUCAUUAUCAGGUGAAUCUCGCGCCUAACCGCCCCAAAGUGGGGGUGGUCAUUGAGGGGUUCGUACCGAGGCGAUGGUGGCAGCUGCCACAGCUACGGCCAUCGCCACUGCUAGCGUGGUGGCCAUGCAGGACCGUCAGGACAUCCCCACGCAAUUCAAUCAAGGCCAGCAUGGUAUGCCCCAUCAAACCUACAACAUGGGGUAUGGUCAACGAGCCGGACCAAUGACCGGAAUGGGACCAGUAGGAAUGAAUAACUUUAACGGGAUGAGCUCUAUGGGACCCGUUCAUUCGAUGAAUUCUAUGAAUUCGAUGAAUAAUAUGAACGGGAUGAAUAUGAACUCGAUAUCCAUGAAUGGGAUGAACGGAAUGGGUCCCAUGAAUUCGAUGAACGGUAUGAGCAAUGUUACCAACAAUAUGGGUAUGAACAACAUGAUGCCAGGAAAUAAUAUGCAAAUGAAUAAGAUGAACAUGCAAGCGCAAGCUCAGCAAAGUGGAUAUCCCAGGAGAUUGGCUCCUUAUCCCAAUCCUACUAUGCACAUGAUUCAAAAGAGACAGCAAGCACCAUAUGCAGGAACGAAUACUGCUAUGCAGCAACCGGGUUUUAGCAAUGUACCAACCAAUCAAUAUCCAAACAAUUAUCCUACGGCCAGACCAAAUUUUCAUCCUCAGUAUCAAUCAAUGCAAAGCAUGAAUACAAACACAGGCUUUGCUCCUAAUACGAUGAUGCGAGGAACUAAUAUGAGACAAACGACACCGACUUACAAUGCAUCUCCAGUAUCUCAGUCUAAUCAGUAUUACAGUGCAAAUAACGGUGCGCCUGUCAAUAUGGGUUCUACGACUGUAAGUAACCAGUUUAUUCAUCAAACUAAUCCAGGCUAUUGCAAUAGUUCUUACGCCAAUAGUGGUCAGUAUCAGCAGGAUGUGUCGACGAUGAGAAACACAGCUGCAGGAAAUAUGACCUAUCAACAUAGUCCCAUUCCUGGUAAUCCAACACCUCCUCUGACCCCAGCCUCCAAUAUGGCACCGUACAUUAGUCCUAAUUCCGAUAUCAAACCUAACUUUAAUGAUAUGAAAUCGCCAGUUAACAUUCAGAAAGAUGAUGAAUUGAGAUUAACAUUCCCUGUGAGGGAUGGCAUCAUUCUUCCACCCUUCCGUCUGCAACAUAAUUUAGCUGUUAGUAAUCACGUAUUCCACUUGAAACCGACCGUUUAUCAGACACUAAUGUGGCGGUCAGAUCUAGAACUCCAACUUAAAUGUUUUCACCAUGAAGAUAGACAAAUGAAUACAAAUUGGCCGGCCAGUGUUCAAGUAUCAGUAAAUGCCACACCUCUAAUUAUUGACCGGGGAGAAAAUAAAACAUCUCACAAGCCACUUUACCUCAAAGAUGUCUGUCAGGGAGGCAGAAAUACUAUUCAAAUUACAGUAUCAGCAUGUUGUUGUUCUCAUCUUUUCGUUCUACAAUUAGUUCAUAGACCAAGUGUACGAAGUGUACUACAGGGUCUAUUGCGCAAAAGAUUACUUGGUGCUGAACACUGCAUCGGUAAAAUCAAACGGAACUUCAAUAAUACCAUGCCGAAUAACGGGAUGCAAUCUGAGAAAGAUGUUGUAGAGCAAACAGCGUUAAAAGUAUCAUUGAAAUGUCCGAUUACAUAUAAACGAAUUGCACUGCCAGCAAGAGGGCACGAGUGUAAACAUACACAGUGUUUUGAUCUGGAGUCUUAUUUGAAAUUAAAUUGUGAACGUGGGUCAUGGAGAUGUCCAGUCUGCACAAAACCAGCACAAUUAGAAGGUCUUGAAAUCGACCAGUAUAUGUGGAGUAUUCUCAAUACUAUGACAACCACACCGGAAGUAGAGGAGGUAACGAUAGACUCGGCAGCCAGUUGGAAGCCAUCGAAAAGUAUGACCAACAUCAAGUCUGAAGAAGACAAUGACUGCAAGAGAAUGAUCAAAGCCAUGUCACCAGGCAGUAUGAACAUGCCUACGAUGAAUAAUUGGGAUAUGAACCAAGCCAUGAGUCCCUAUAUACCUCCAGAUAUGAAUAGCAUUAUCAGUGGUUCCAUGAUGAAUAACGGUACUCCUACUUAUGGAAACAGUAACAUCAAUCAUAGGAAUUCAUCCGGUGGAUCGUAUGACAUCAAUUCUAAUACUACCACCACUGGUAGCAAUGAUUAUACCAAUGGCGCUGGUCCUCUUACUCAUUUGAGUGAUUCAGUUAAUUCUCUUGACCCGCUUAAUGCCAUGGAAAAGUCUCUUAAUGAUCAGAUGCCUCACACGCCGCACACACCUCAUACACCCCAUACACCUCACACUCCUGGUGGUGGAAAUAGUGGACCACCAAGCGUACCUCCUGCGUCCCAAGAGUCUACGGGAAAUCACAAUACCUCCGGAAAUAGUAGUUCUAAUAUUAAUACUGACACUACUGAUAUUCCAUCGGAUUUAAAUUUUGAUCCCGCUGCAGUUAUUGAUGGAGAAGGAACGGGACAAGAAGCGUUAAAUUUGUUACCAGAUAAUGUAGUGGAUCCAAUGGAAUUGCUGUCAUAUUUAGACCCUCCGGAUCUCAAUACUCCACCAAGUAGUGGAGCCAGCAGUGGCAAUCCAUCGUCCAGCGAUGACAUUCUAGCACUAUUUGAGUAAUGGAAAUAAUAAAUGACUAUUGACAUAAUAAUCAAAGGAAUACCCUUCAUCAGGGAGAUAAAGAAUAAAUAAGUCAAUGUUACUUUGCAAUGAAUGAAUAAAUAAUAAUUAUAGCAAGAGUAUUGAGAUAAAUAAAAAGUGAAUUAUGUGCAUAAUUGUCACAUAAGCAAAAAUGGUACAAACAAAUUUUAGCUCUAAUUUUAAUAUUUCUAUUAACAACUUUAGGGCAUAUUAGAUGUAGAUGAUUAUCUAUUACAUUUGUAGUACAACAGGAUUAUUCUGUUAGGGCUAGUGGUAGAUUACAUCCUUGACGGACCAGAUUUCAGAAUGGAUGAAUGGGUUAUAAUUGACAUAAUAUGUUUGUCUAAUAACAAUAUUUCUGAAAAAAUGAAUUCAAGUAUUUAUAAAAAUACAAUUGUUUUAAUUUAAAAAAAAAAUUAAUAACAAUCUAUUCAUUUUUACAACUGUAAUAAGACCUAUAACAUUAAAAAGAUAAUGUACAGGAUAAAAACUAUAUUUUAUUUUUUUGUAAAUAAAUUUCAUUUUGUGUAGAAUUAAGAUUCUCAAUUGUUGUAAGUCAUUUUACUUAUUGAUGGAAUAGAAAGCAUAGAUUAUUGAUUCCAUUUAGAGAAAAGUUGAUGAAAUAAAAAUAAAAAAAACAAUAAAUUUUUAAAAAAAACCAUUAUAAUAGAUGAAAAAAUUAUAAAACUGUAUUUACAAACAAAAUUGAAUAAAUUACGAGCAUCAUAAUGUCAUAAUUUAUGGAUAAUUAUUUGCUGUUUAAUUUACACACUCAAUGAUUUAAUCAUAUUUAUAACAAAAAGUUCAUGUUUCAUUAAAACUUUCCUUUUAUUAAAAUGAAAUCUUAUCGCCGAACAAAAAAUGCUGAUGUAAAUAUAAUGUAUGAAAAAAAAUUGUGUUUUUUAAAAAUGCAGCAGUGGAGGUGAACAAAAAUAUAAUAAAAAAUAUACAAACCGUGUAUUUACAAUAGAAGCUAUUUCUAAAGUAAUAUUAUUUUAAUUGCAUCAGUGCAGUUUUUUUUCAUUUACGAAAUGGGCUUGAAUAUUUGAGUAGUAAAAUGAAAAAUUACAUGUACGAGAAAAAAUGCAGUCAGAUGUGCCUAAGAAAGAAAGAAGUGUUUCUUGAACAAGUGGCAAAAGCUUCUCACGAUCUUCUGCUUGUGUAGUCAUUACAUUAGUAUUUUUUGUGAUUGAAAAAAAAUUUUAAAAAAGCAAAGGCAAGAGAUAUACAUAAAGUGAUUCAUGUAGAUUAUACAAAAUUUUUUUAAAGCCUCAUAUAUAUAUGCAUAUAUAUAUAUAUAAAUA